AGGAAGACGACGAAGAAGAAGGAACGUAAUGCGUCACAAUUCAAAACAGUACUGGAAGUUAACAGCAGAGUGUGUCUAUUCCAUUUUAAAGAAUGUCUCAAACUAAUUCAGGAAAAGACAGCCAAGCGUCAGAAGCUAAAAAGGCAAUCUCACUACCGAUCUCCAGAGUGCGGCUGAUCAUGAAGAGCUCCCCGGACGUCUCCAGCAUCAACCAGGACGCUCUCUUCCUCACCACCAAGGCUACUGAGCUGUUUGUGCAGCAUCUGGCUCUGACCUCCUUUAACAACCGCUCCCAGACGGAAGCCAACACCCUGAACUACAGCGACCUGGCUAAAACCGCAGAGGAGAGCGACACUUUCCACUUCCUCACAGAUAUUUUGCCCAAAAAAAUCCUUGCUCAAGAUUAUCUGAAGACUUUGGAACAAAUGCAAGAUGAAGACAGUGAUUUCUGAUGAGGAGAGAACGUCUUUUCCAAUGUGGACAUUUUAUCACAUGUACUCUGCUGUUAUUGGGAGGAAAAGUGAGGCGGCACAUGGACUUCAUUACUUUUCAGCUUACUCACUUGGUUCAUGUAGAGGAUUUAGGAAAAAAAAAAGGUUUGAGAAUGGGAAACUAAGUACACCAAAAAUAUGAAAUGAUGUCCCUCGGAUCAACUUUAACUCACGCAGUCCCAGGAGGAUGUAGGUGAUAAAUAACUACAACCAAAUAAAAUGUUUUAACAUUGCUCCAAAGAUAAAGGCUGUUAAAUGAGUUUUUUUUAACCCCCAAUACCUAGUGUUAUGCAAAGAUUUCUACAAAUCUUGAACUACUUCCCAAAUUGCUAUGUUAAAACUUUAAACUCCAAGGUGGCUUAUUGGGAUUUUAUGCUAGACCAACAGAAAGAAGUAGAUAAUUGUGAAGGGCAAAUAUGACAUGAGUUUUUUAAAGGGUUUUUGUAAAAUAGAUGCUGAAAUUUGCCCAUUUUCUUCUUUGUAAACAGCUCAGGCUCAGUCAGAUUGGAUGGAGAGCAUCAUUGAACAUCAGUGCAUCUUAAGCAGCCUCCAGCAGGUUUUCUUCAGGGAUUGCCCUGUAAUUGGCAUCCGUCCAUCUCCCCGUCAACGCAAACCAACUUUUCUGUGUCCACUGAAGAAGAGCAUGCCCUCGGCAUGAUGCUGACACCCCACGGUGGUAUAGUUUCCGUCAAAUUUAUUGUUUUCACAAGAUAUGAUGCACUAGCACUACCUGCACCGCUGUAAGUUUAAGCUAAUUAUUAAAGUACCAUGCACUCAGACUCCUGUGAUAAAUUUUUGGCAAACUUAUUUUUAAUGCAUCAUAAAAAGUUUUAGAAAGCAAAAAUAGAAAAGCAACUUUUUAUGUAACUGACAUUAAAAUAAAUGUAUUCUCCCCUCCCCCUGCCAACUAAAUAAAGUUCUCAUUAUCUAAGAUCUAGUUUUGCUAUGAACCUAAAGCAGAAAAGACACCAAUACUUUCAACACUUUUUGAAAGUAUUGAUUGUAUAUUAGUUCAUGCAAUCUGGGCAUGCUGUUCCAAUGUUAGCUCAUGUCUCAUAUUUCACUAAUAUUAUGCAGCUGUGAAGCAGUUGGGUGAUGUGUUCAGGGUCUCCCCAUACAUAAGGCAUUUGGCAUAUGUGUCAAAAAGUUACAUUUUGGUCUCAACUGACCAGAACAACAUCUUAUUCCAUAGAUGUUGGUGAUUGUCGCACCAUGUAUGGAAUAAGUAAACAACUUUUUAUUGUUUCCUUUCAGCACUAGUGUGAUGAAAGUUAUCCCAUGUCAGCUGUGAAUCUCUCAUUCGAGUGAGCUGCUCUGUUUACAUGAUGUUGUUUUGUGUCUAAUGUUUUUCCUAAAUCUCAGAAGACUGGGUUUUAUCUUAAGAUUAAACUGUACUCUCUUUACUGACUGCAGUUUGCUGCAGAUUGCAUUUAGUAAAGGCAGCUAAAUACAAAUGCAAGACACACUUUUCUAAUUUUUGUAAAAAAAAAAAAAAAAAAAAAAAAAGCAAAGAAAUAUCUAAAUUAUGCACCAAUUCAUGUCGGUCUGUCUGCCUCAUGCAAUCCAAAUAAAACACUUUGAAGCUUGGAUUUUGUAAUCUGAAAAAAUGUGAAAAGCUUCAAGAGGUGUUAAAACUUUCACAGCACUGUGGAGUGUCAAAGAGUUUUGCAGGUUUAGAGUCUUAAAUUUGUUCAACUUUUUGCACAGGUUGAAGGUGGUUAACGUUUUUCCGGCCACCUCCAGUCAUGCACAGAUUAACUGCAUAUGAAGGACGGCUAUCUCAGCUUCACACGUCUGAUUACUGAUACUGGACAUUUCCAAUAUCUUUGAAAUGUAUCAGAUGUACCUCUAUUUGCCAGCAAGAACCUGGAACAUCUGUUUGUUUAAAUAAUUCAAUAUUUCUUAAAUGUUUACACAUCAGAAUGCUUACGAUUUAUUUAGUAAUGGACUUAUUGUUUAGAUUAAAAUACAUGUCAAUGCUGUACUGGGUAACCUUUAUGUCUAUAUAAACAGACAAAAACCA